UGUAGAUUAUAACAUGGAAAUGCUUGAAGCUUUUACUGCGUUUAUUUGAAGUUCAUUUGUUGUAUUUAUAAAGUGGAGGAAUGAUGAGGAGGAUUGAUCUGCAGACUGCGCCUCUUCUCUGAUAAUCCCUUCGUUUUUUUUCUUCAUGAGGAUGAAAACUCAACAUCGCCUUAUUACUUGGAACAAGUUCAUCUUUCCGUAAGGGUGAUGGGCCAACGACAGUUUCGUUAUUGAGUUGUUCUUCUUUUUUAGCAGAUCAGAUUCUGCUGCGUCCUUUGUUUGUUUGUUUUUUGUGUGUGCAGAUAUUUUGAUUUAAUCCGUAACCGGCGCGGCCCAUAAAAAGCAAAGCAAAAGACGCCCCGUUCGACCUAACUUAUUUCGUUAGGUGUCUGGCUGUGUUAUCUGUUUUUUUUUAUUAGCUUUUUCAUUUUUUUUUUAAGAAUGCGUUUACAGUCUUGAUCUGGAGGAUUAUAGCAGAAUAUUCUUGCUGGCUUACAUGUAGCGGAGAAAGAGGCUCUGUGUAUUUCUGAUUGAUUCAUCAGAGGCUUAUAUAAGAAGAGCCGUCAUGUAUGCAGGACGCAAGAGGAGAAAACCAGUCCAGAGAGCGGUGAAGCAGCCACCAGCUGAAGGGGGCAAAUCCAACCCGUCCAAACGGCACCGAGACAGGUUGAACGGGGAGCUGGAGCGGUUGGCCAGUCUGCUGCCUUUCCCUGAGGAGGUCACAGCCAGUCUGGACAAACUCUCCAUCCUCCGCCUGAGUGUCAGCUACCUGCGAGCCAAGAACUUCUUCUCUGUUGCCCUGAACAGUCGGAACGGAGUGUCUCCAGCUGCUGUGGAUGAUGGUGACAGCAAAACAGCAGGAGUGGUGGAGACCAAGAUUCCUGAAGGUGAACUUUUGCUGCAGGCUCUCAAUGGUUUUGUCUUGGUCAUCACUUCCAAUGGGACCAUUUUCUACUCCUCUCACACCAUCCAGGACUACUUGGGUUUCCACCAGACGGAUGUCAUGCACCAGAGUGUGUAUGAGCUGGUCCAUACAGAGGACCAGCAGGAGCUCAGGAGAAACUUGCACUGGGCUUUGAAUCCUCCUGCCGCUGCAUCUGCCAUUACGCAGGACUCCCCCCAAGAGAUGGAACCGGACAGCAGCUCAGCUGUGGUCACCUACAACCCUGAACAGCUUCCCCCCGAGAAUUCGUCCUUCCUGGAGAGGAGCUUUAUGUGUCGCUUUCGCUGCCUACUGGACAACUCCUCUGGCUUUCUGGCUUUGAACAUCCAGGGCAGACUGAAGUUUCUGCAUGGACAGAACCAGCGGCAGGAAAAUGGAGGAAAGGCCCCGCCUCAGCUUGCCCUUUUUGCCAUUGCAACUCCCCUGCAGCCUCCAUCCAUCCUGGAGAUCAGGACCAAGAACAUGAUCUUCAGAACCAAACACAAGCUGGACUUCACACCUACUGCCUGUGACGCAAAGGGGAAGAUAGUACUAGGGUACACAGAGGCAGAGCUGCGGGUACGAGGAUCUGGCUAUCAGUUCAUCCAUGCAGCAGAUAUGUUGCACUGUGCAGAGAACCAUGUCAGAAUGAUGAAGACUGGAGAGAGUGGUCUGACUGUGUUCAGGCUCCUCACCAAGGAGAAUCGCUGGAAAUGGGUCCAGGCCAAUGCCAGGCUGGUGUACAAGAACGGCAAACCAGACUACAUCAUCGCGACCCAGAGGCCUCUUUUGGAUGAAGAGGGAGGAGAACACUUACGUAAGCGCUCCUUGCAUCUACCUUUUACCUAUGCUACAGGUGAGGCCCUACUCUACCAGUCCAACCAUCCCAUUGCGGGCUUUAGAGAUGGAAGCAUUGAGAAAAAUGGCAGUAAGUCAAAGAAGAGUCGGACUGACAGGCUGAUAGGCGAUGGUGUAGACCCUGGCUCUCUUCUAGGGGCACUCAUGAGUCAAGAUGAGUCAGUAUACGUUUGCCAGCCUGCCGUGGAGCCCAAAAUGUCCUUCCACAGCAGCUUCUUUGGAGACCAAAUGGGCUUCUCUGACUCUGAACCUUCCAGCUUGCACAGGAGCUGGGAAGGGCCGAGCAAUGGUGUGCUGGGUGCAAGCAUCACAGGGCUAGGCACCAGCUUUGACCCACUGCUGGCUACUCUGGACUCCCUCUCCCUUGAGGGCCAAGGGGUUGUGGACUCAGAAGAGGCUGUUUGUUCGAAUGGCGAGCUGUUUGGAGCUCUGGAAGGGCUGGGGCUAAGUGCAGAAGACCUGGAGCUGCUGCUGCUGGAUGAGCGGAUGAUCAGAGUUGAGAUGGACCCUGAACGUGUGCCCACAUUGGACGACUUGCUCACAAACGAUGAGAUUCUGUCAUAUAUCUAUGACUCUAUAGAGGGUAAAACUGAUUCCACAGAGCAUGGAGGACAGGUGCCUCCCAGUACUGCCUCAGCAACAGCCACCACAGUGUUAAUACCUGAGAGCGAUCCCACCUCUAACACUAAUGUGCAACUGCAGUUUCCCCAACAUAAGAGCUCCCAGGUGGGGCAGGCUCCCAUCGUCCAGCUCUCCCAGCAGAUGCAACAGCACCUCAACUUACGUCCAGGUAAAGUGGCAGAUGACUGGGGCCAGCAGAGUGACCAUUUGGCUAACAUGAUAGUCAACGGUGAGCUGCUGGGGCAAAAUCAAUCGAUUCCGAAUGGACAAUGGACAGCCCAAGACAUUCUACUCAGUGCAGGGAUACCACUGGGACACUGUGACACACAACAGACUAUUUUCAAUGGCAAGGUUUCAGAACUGGAUGGUGAGCUUCACCAGCAGCAAACGCAUCCACGCUACCUUCAGCAGCAGCAGCAGCAACAACCCAUGAUGCAGAACCAUCUGUCACAGCAGUGCCAUGCCAAACAGAAGGCAGCCAACCUCAACGGACUGUGUGGCAUCUCCAGCACAGAGCAUUCAGUGGGGAAAUCCCAGUGGCAGGACUAUGAAUUCAGGGAGAGUCUAGGCAGCAACCCCUGCCUUGAUAACAGCCAAAAACCUCUGACAAACACCUCACUAGAUUCUUGCAUGGAUUAUAGCAUGCCUGAUAUUGACAAUCCGGAUUACGCUAUAAGUGGAAAUGGUUUGUUUGGGAGUAGUGGACAACAGCAUGGGGCUGAGACCACAGUUUCAUCGUUCCAGGGAAUGAACCAUAAACGGCAGCAGGAGCAGAUCACAGUCCCUUUGGCCCAGGUCAUCUCCAGUCUAACACAGUGCCCUCCCCCCAACGCCUCCCUGGAGCAGAUCCUAGGAGUGAGCAAGCCUUGCCGGCAGUUGGACCACUAUGGCAUAGUGACCACUGAGAUCCCUCAUGAGCCCAGUCCCAAUAAGAUGGAGAAUGGCUGCAUCCUGAACAGUACUUACCCAGGGGGCUGUGCUUUGCCCAAUAGGAACGGAGCAGCGCCCCCUACUGUGCAGAUGCCCGCCCCUGAGACUUUGUCCAGCCUUCCCGACCCACCAGCCACCGGCUUCUACCUCUGACCAGCUGACCGGGAACAGUCAUGCAGCAGGACACUGUUAAUGGCCAGAAACACACAAUGACUGGACCAGCCUUAUACAUCUAGAUAACACAACAAACAAAGCUUAAUAAACGUAGGCCUAUAUGUUUUUCUUUCUUUCUUUCUUUUGAAUUUGAAAUUUUCUUUUAUGGGAGGAGGGGAUCAUUGUGUUAUAUUUCAAGUCAUAUUAUCAUAUGAGUCCUUUGUUUACAAUAAUGCAGUAAGGAGUGCUCAGUUGAGUUUAUUUUAAUAAGUAAUAUAGAGAGGUAAAUAUGAGUUUUUAAAGCUGAGUUUUACAAACAUGCGUUCAGAUACAACACGAAGCACAAUUUAGAUUAAGAGGCAACAAAUAUUAUAAAUAGUUGUAUACCCUUUUUAAGGGUUAAUUUAAUUAAUUAUUAUUCAAUAUUUAAACAUUAUACAUCUAUCAUUUAAUGUGAGAUAUUUUUUUUAUAUUUUGGAUGUAAUGAAAGAACACGAUAACACAAGGAACAAAUCUCUUAAAAAUGGUUAUUGGUGGUUAGGUUAUUAAUACCAGUGGACGCUGAAUAUAAGCCAGAAAAAAAAAUUCAAGUUGACAUUUGCAGGUUCCAGCUUCUGUGAAUGUCAGGAUUUGCUGAUUUUCUUUGACUUAUUGAGAAGCUGAUUUAUUAUCUUUCAAAACAAGACAUCUGUAAACAUCAUGUUUGACUCUAUAUCCGAUAAUGAUCAUUUUUGGGCAUUUUAUAUACAAAGUGAUUAAUCAAGAAAAUAACCAGCAGAUUUAUCUAUAAUAAAAUCUGUCAUUGGUUGCAGCCCUAAAUUGUCAAAUGCAAAAAAAGGCAAAAAGAUGCUGACAAAAUGAGGUUGCAAUGAGAGAUUGUUGUAUUUCUCCACUUCAUGAAUGUACAGACACGGGAGCAGAAAGGAGAGAGUCUGGAAUAUUAGUAUAUGAGCAAACAUCAGAUGCAGUUCUUUAUCAUGUGACUUUAUUAUUAGAUUAUUAUUAUACAUUUUUUUCUGAUUUUUAGGGUCAGGUUAUUUUGAUUCGCGUUGUAUCUGAACGCACCAUAAAACACACAUAAACA